AUGCCAAAUGGGAUCCUAAGUUCUCCGCGCCGUGCCCGAUACCAGCCAAUCUAUUCAGGAAGCAAUAACCCAGCCUACUAUGGUUCCAGCGGAGAAGCCCUGGUAGCCCUGGACCCCAGCGGGAAUGGCGCUUUUGUUGCUGCUGGUAACGGUCAAGACCACGCAUAUGUCUAUCUUCCAGCACAACAGCAUGUGGUCGACCGUCCGUAUCCCGUGCAGGUGAACCAGCCGAUUCACAAGAGGAGGAGCAGCUUAUGCAUAUGUCUGUUGGUCAUGCUAGUGCUUGUCUGUGUUGGGUCCCUGGGAGUGGUGCUUGCCGUUCACUACAUCAAAAAGAACUCUGCAAAGUCCUCAGAUUCCACAUACUACUAG